AUUCAAAAAGGCCUCUAAAAGUCUGAAGUCUAAAAUAAAAAAUAUGACUGUCGACUGAUACUCUGAUUACAGAAUCUGUAAUGCCAUCUGAAUUCUAAGCUCUUAUUUCGAAGUCUCUGACGGAUUUAUGAGCGGUCGGUAACAGGCCAACAGGUUAGCAUAUCAUGAUUAUGAAUCAAAUAAGUAUAUAAGUAAUAAUUUUCAAUAAUAAUAAUCGCCAUUAUCAUUUAUCUGGAUUAUUGGAGAUUGAACUAUGGCAAAUGAAGUGCGGCACCUUCCACCAUGGAUGACAGAACCGGUUAUAAAUAAAACAAAAGAGUUUGUGCAGUUUAAAGGAGAAAUUAAACAGUGCUUAUACCCAAAUAUUUUGGCAUCUUAUGCUGAGGAAAUUUUGACUAAGAUUGAGUCUAGCAAGGUACAUGAAGUUGUAUAUGGUUUUGAUAUGGAAUGGCCAGUAACUUUUAACAGAAAAUCAAAAAAAACUGCUCUUAUACAAAUUUGCACUGACCAUUCCACAUGUUAUUUAUUCCAUGUAUAUCAUAUCAUAAAACUUCCAUCAAUAUUUGUAAACCUCAUUAAUCAUCCAAGAGUUAGAUGGUCUGGUGUAUAUAUUAAAAAUGAUUUUUUAAAGCUUGGAAGAGAUUUCAACAUAGAUGUUAGUGCUGCUGUAAGUCAUAUUAUCGAUUUAGGUACUUACACAAAUAAAGUUUUGGAUUUUGAUUCGUCUAUUAUAUGGAGUAUGGCCAAUUUGGUUCAACGAUUACUUAAAAAAGAUGUUAAUAAAGAUGUAAAUAUUCGUAUAAGCAGAUGGGAUAAUACAAAUUUAGAUCAAAAUCAACGUAUGUAUGCAGCAACUGAUGCUUAUAUAUCCUUAAUAUUGUUUGAACAUCUAAAAAGAUUUGAUACAGACGAUGAACUCCAGAUUAAUUAAACUUUUAAAAUUAGGGCGAAUGAAUUACGAUUCAUGUCUUAAAUUACAAAACCAGUUAUCAGAAUCUUUAAAAACAACAACCAUUGAUAAAUGCGGUUAUCUCCUCAUUGUAGAACAUGAACCUGUUUAUACUGUAGGCAUCAGACAAAACGACUACACUUCACAUUUAGAAGACAAUUUAAUUAAACUAGGUGCAGAAUUCAAACGUACCAACCGAGGCGGUCUAAUUACUUUUCAUGG